AUGUAUUCAUGGGUCAGCCUGUCUCGCCGUGCUGGAGAACCCGAAGACGAAGAAGAACGAGAUCCAACAGCUGUGGUUGCAGCGAUCGCCAAACUCAACCAGUUAUAUGACUCGGGCAAACCUCUUUUUACGAGAGAAUCAAUUCUUUAUACACAUGAACAAAUAAAGAACCCCCUCGUCAGAGGUGAUACGAUAUCCGUAAUCGCACUAGACGGAGUAAAGGUCGAUUUCGACGUUGAUAUUGGCAAGGUCACUCCGACAUACAGGGACGAGGACCGAGAUCGGGAACUUGUGGUUACCCAGCCGUUCAUAAAUUAUGAGCCAAUCGAGCACCUAAGACGCGAUAUUGAGUCCGGUUAUACAAACCUUUAUCUCGGGUUGUGCCCUUUGCGACUCCACCACUGGCAAGUUUUACGGGACAAAAAAACAAAGGAUGUAUGGGAACUUCCCAUUGCCAGCUGUGCAGACGUCGAGCAGCUGCUCAAGGAGAGUAUCCGGUCAUGGGAGCAAAGUGAAACAUGUCAGCGGCUCAAGAUAACAUUGCAAGAUGCAGACGUACCGUGCGAGAUCACAACGGUUGUCGGAUUUGCAUGUGGUGAUAUGACAUUUUUAGAGGGCUCUUUGGACCGCGCUCAACGAUCGGCUUCCCAACAUGCAUUGCUGCUUACACUGCAAAGCGUGCUGCAGGAGAAGAACACGACAAAAAAGGGCCAAAUUUUAUGCUAUGCUCAAGACCCAAUCUAUAACACUGUUGACAAAACAGUUCUGGAGAAUUUUGGUAUUGAGGUUUUAGAUGACCCCGAAGGGUUUCUGAAAGUGGACGAUAACUCGGUGGUCUUUUCUUGUGCUCCAAACAUCCCUGUCAAACAAGUUAUUGCUGACCUUGCUCGGCCGGCCAUUCUAAUCUGGACUCCACCAGUUGUUGAAAAAGAACAUAUG